GUCCCCGCCUGCCCUAGUGCUCUUUAGCGGGGGAGGAGCCGAGACCCGGAGCAGCAGCAGUGGUGGUGGCGGCGUCCGGAGGUCCGACAGCUCUGCAGCUCCGAGCGCGCGACUAGCCAGAAAGUUUCAGGCCAUCCAUGAGCCACCAGGAAAGGAUUGCCAGCCAGAGGAGGACAACAGCCGAAGUCCCAAUGCACAGAUCAACAGCCAAUCAAAGCAAGAGGAGCCGGUCACCAUUUGCCAGCACACGUCGUCGCUGGGAUGACAGCGAGAGCUCGGGAGCCAGCCUGGCUGUUGAGAGUGAGGAUUAUUCCAGGUAUCCUCCAAGAGAGUACAGGGCCUCGGGGAGCCGAAGAGGAUUGGCUUAUGGACACAUUGACACUGUAGUGGCUCGUGAUAGUGAGGAGGAGGGGGCUGGGCCUGUUGAUCGACUGCCAGUGAGAGGGAAAGCUGGCAAGUUUAAGGAUGAUCCCGAGAAGGGGGCAAGGUCUUCCCGCUUUACUAGUGUUAACCAUGAUGCGAAGGAAGAGUGUGGCAAGGUAGAAUCACCCCCUGCAGCGAGGUGCUUGGCUCGCAGAGUUGAGCUCUCGAAGCAGAAUGGCUCCUCGGCCUCUCAGAUUUCUUCUGCUGAAGGCAGGGCAGCUGCAAAAGGUAACAACAGCUUGGAGAGGGAUAGGCAGAAUUUACCAGCUCGUCCUAGCAGGGCUCCUGUGAGUAUUUGUGGUGGUGGGGAAAACACCCCAAAGAGUGCCGAGGAACCGGUGGUGAGACCCAAAGUCCGGAAUGUGGCGACUCCAAACUGCAUGAAACCCAAAGUGUUUUUUGAUACUGAUGAUGAUGAUGAUGUACCACACAGUACUUCCAGGUGGCGGGAUGCUGCCGAUGCUGAGGAGGCUAAUGCCGAAGGCCUAACCAGAAGAGGCCGAGGUGAGGCUGCCAGCAGCUCAGAGCCAAGGUAUGCUGAAGACCAGGAUGCCAGGAGUGAACAAGCGAAGGCAGACAAAGUGCCAAGACGGCGGCGAACCAUGGCAGACCCUGACUUCUGGGCAUACACUGACGAUUACUACCGAUACUACGAGGAAGAUUCUGACAGCGACAAAGAGUGGAUGGCUGCCCUGCGCAGGAAGUACCGAAGCCGAGAGCAACCCCAGUCCUCCAGCGGAGAAAGCUGGGAGCUUCUGCCAGGAAAGGAAGAACUGGAACGUCAGCAAGCCGGAGCUGGGAGCCUCGCCAGUGCUGGCAGCAAUGGCAGUGGUUAUCCUGAAGAAGUACAAGACCCAUCUCUUCAGGAAGAAGAACAGGCCUCUCUGGAAGAAGGAGAAAUCCCUUGGCUCCGCUACAAUGAGAAUGAAAGCAGCAGUGAGGGUGAUAAUGAGUCUACCCAUGAGCUCAUACAGCCUGGGAUGUUCAUGCUGGACGGAAACAACAACCUGGAAGAUGACUCCAGCGUGAGUGAAGACCUCGAAGUGGACUGGAGCCUGUUUGAUGGGUUUGCUGAUGGCUUGGGAGUGGCUGAAGCCAUCUCCUACGUGGAUCCUCAGUUCCUCACCUACAUGGCUCUGGAAGAGCGUCUGGCCCAGGCGAUGGAGACGGCCCUGGCACACUUGGAGUCUCUCGCUGUUGAUGUCGAAGUGGCCAACCCACCAGCAAGCAAGGAGAGCAUUGAUGCCCUUCCUGAGAUCCUGGUCACCGAAGAUCAUGGUGCAGUGGGCCAGGAAAUGUGCUGUCCUAUCUGCUGCAGCGAAUAUGUGAAGGGGGAGGUGGCAACUGAGCUACCAUGCCACCACUAUUUCCACAAGCCCUGCGUGUCCAUUUGGCUUCAGAAGUCUGGCACCUGCCCAGUGUGCCGCUGCAUGUUCCCUCCCCCGCUCUAAACGCCAAGGCUCGUCGUAACAGUCAGCCUGGUUACAUUCCCUUUCCGAAACCCACAAUACUACAGGAGCCCUUGUUCUAAACUUACAAUGAAACCAGUCAGUCAAUUAGACUAAAGUUGUUGAUUCCUUGUGAUUAUUUCCAUGUGAAAAUGGUUGUGUACAAUGACAUUUUAAAAAAUCAUCCUCUCGUUUAGAAGGUAGAAAGGGGGAAAGGAAACUUUCUAAAUGCUGCUUGAGAUUGCAGUAAGAACAUACAUUUUCUAACCUGAAAGUUGAAACAAAUCCCACUUGUUCUGUAGACUGUGUCUCUCUUACCUGUUGCCGUCAGGGUUACCUAUCUGCUAAACUAUGUCGGAAAGACAAAAUUACUUUUGUUGCAUGUCAUGGGUUAAUGUUCCUGUAUUUGCAGUGGUGUAAAAGCUUAUUAAAGUUCUUCUUUUGCUUUGACACAGAACAGUGGCAUCAUUUGGAUUUUUGUCUGAAAUCGUGAUACCAGGUAACUCCAAAUUGAUCCCUUGCAUUUGCAACAAAAGUAUUGUGUUUCAGUGUUCUCACCUGUAGAAAACUAGUUUUCACUAGAAAUGCUCAUCAGAACACCAAAAAAGAAAAAACCAUCUUUAAUAGGAAUAAGGUGUAUAAUUGCUUGCUGUACAGAAAUGGUUGACUAAAGAGAGAGAAACAAAGCGUGGGAAAUUUAAAAACCCACAGAGAAACAGUGAUAAAAAAAUGAAUCCAAAGUGUACGGGUGAGCAAGUACAAAUCACCUUUGAGAAAAUAGAAACUGUCAGAAUGGGUGAAAAAUAAAAAUAAAUAAAUAAAUAAA